UAAACACCCCCUUUCAUGAAAACAUUGUUUCUCAUCGAAUCAAAAUCAAACAAAUUUCUGAGUUUUACGACAAGUAUUCUAAGAAAACUAGCAUCUGCAGAUUGUUUUUCAAGUUCCGACAUAGCCAAGUACAUGGUUGAUUUGGACAUUCAGAUCCCGACAACAUUCGAUCCAUUCGCGGAGGCCGGGGAAUUAGGAGGCACCGGGACCAAAGAGUAUGUACAUAUCCGAAUCCAACAACGGAACGGAAAGAAAAGCUUGACGACUGUUCAAGGGCUGAGGCAUGAUCUGAGCUACGAGAAGAUCCUCAAGAGCCUGAAGAAGGAUUUCUGCUGCAACGGCAACGUCGUCAAGGACAAUGAGCUCGGCAAGAUCAUUCAACUCCAAGGCGAUCAGCGCAAGAACGUCUCACAAUUCCUCGUUAACGCCGGUAUCGUCAAGAAAUACCAGAUUAAGAUUCAUGGUUUUUAAACUAUUAUGAAUCGUUUGUAAGAUAAAAAAAAA